CCCCCACCCCCAAUGGCACCACCCAGCAGACGAUUCAAGAUAUUUAUUACCGUGUGGGCGUUUUUCGAAAACCUCCUCUUUUCCGGUCUCCGAGCCGGCUGGCCGGCACUGACCUACAUUCUCAAACAGGAGAGGAUCUACUCACACCUGUGCACGUCUGCUGACAACGAGACGACCGUGACCUUGGCCGUGGAGAAAAGAGUUCCGAUAGACCCGGGGUUCGUGGAUGUCAAGGUCAACAGUUUGAACUUGACGACAAGCUACACACUCGACCACCCGUCUUCCGCGGGUCUGAACGGGACUCGAACCUGCGCCGAGCAGGACGCGGUGUUCCACCAGUGUUUCACGGUGGCCACAGCCCUAAUGGCCCUCAGCGCCCUGCUCUACGGUCAGCUCAACUACAAGUACGGCAUCCGCACCCCGCGUCUAGUGUCUGUAUUUGUCUUCUCAUCGGGAUGUCUCUGUAUAGCUUUCAUCCAGCCAGACAGCGCCUGGCUGAUAUUCCCCGGUUACCUGCUCAUCAGUGCUGGCGGGAUGGCGCUUUACCUGACCAACAACCAGAUUUCCUACCUGUACUCCACCGGAAGUGCCGGAGUUGUGGGUCUGUUGUGUGGAGCUCUGGAGGCCUCGUCCUUCAUACAGACUCUUAUCAAGAUGGCGUAUGAGCAUGACGUCAGCCUGCGCGUGUCCUACCUGACCCUGUCCGCUCUCUACCUACUCACGUUGGUCAGCACCUUCUGCCUCCUCCCCAAAAAGUUUAUCCCCACCCCAGGGGACUCGGCCACGCCCUCUACAGCCGAGGAGCAGCAGUACAUUGGGGCUGACGUCAUCAGAAGUUUGGACAGCCCGCACGACUGUUGCCAGGGUAACCGACGCAUGGAUGACGCGGCGUCAGGGGCUGACUCGCCUCAGUCUGGUUUGGUCCAGCACGUGAUCGAAGGAAGUGACGUCACCAAUCCCAGGCCGGCGCGCGAGGGGUCAGACAAGACGGCCCCACCCACACCUGACCGGCCAAUCCUCCCCGGGACCCCCAUCAGUCACGUGACCGACCCCAGCAGCCCGACCCCGGAUUACUGCCAGCUGGAGGACCACGUGACCUCGCUGACCCCAGGCGACCCCCAGAAGAAGACGCUGCUCCAGUGCCUCGGGUCAAGGACGUUCAUCCUGUACCUGUUCUGGGCGUCCGUCGUGCAGGUCAUCCUGUCCAUGUGUCUGGGGACCUUUAACCCCUGGCUCGAGUUUGUCACCCACAACAGAGGCGAUCAAGUCAGCAGGUUCACUGACCUACUCUUCUACUCAAUGCUGGCCAGUCCCGUCCUGUCGCUGCUAAUUGGGCUUGGGAUGGACGCCAUUAAGAGGAGGAAACAGAAAGGCCACAAAGACGCGGGAACUCUCUACACGUCAAUCAUUUCCCUGGCCGCCACCAGCGUCCUGGGCGUGGUUAUGUGUGCUCUUGUCAUCACGUGCCAGCAUGACGUCAUCAUUCUCGCCAGCGUUUUCCUGGUUAUUUUUAGAACAGCUCUCUACAGCUGCGGCACCGCCUUCCUUCGCAUCAUGUAUCCCACUGAAUACUUUGGCAUCCUGUGCGGCAUCAUGUCUGUGAUGUCUGGCGGCUUCAGCUUCCUCCAGUACCCUUUGUUUCUGUGGGUGCAGGUUCGAAACCAGGCCUGGAUGGAGGUGUUUGGAUUUCUCGGUAUACUGGGUCUUGUCUCCCUCAUCCAGCCCGCCUACCUGCUGUGGAAGUAUAAACAGCUGAAGCAGUAAACAGCUGAAGCAGUAAACAGCUGAAGCAGCAAACAGCUCAAGCAGCAAACAGCUCAAGCAGCAAACAGCUCAAGCAGCAAACAGCUCAAGCAGCAAACAGCUCAAAAAAUAAAGACAGC